GGUGCAACUAAGUACUCAAGGCCACGUGCCACCCCUUUGUGGUGCAUGGAAAGAUGGUUUGGAGGUUGUUCAGGUCGCCCAAGGGUCAAGGGAAUUGAAGGAGAAGUGAUGAUUUCACCAAAGUAAUUCACCUUCAGACCAGCUGAGGGUAGAAUCGUCAUAACUUUUGAUGUACAGACUACUUUUGAUCUAAACCACUUGGGUUAGAAAGUAGACUCGACAAGCUUUCCAACGGUCCAAAGAACACCUAAAUCCGAGUUCGGGAGUGUCCGGAGCGAACCUGUGAAGUUUGCCCAAAAAUCUGUCAAGCAGGUACCGGUACUGGACAACCCCCAGUAUCGGUAUUGGGUGUCCAGAGAUCAUUUUUUCAGCUCGUUGAAGCCUCAUACCGGUACUGGGAUAUUUUGGGAGACUUUUUGGUCCUUUGUAAUUUAACUUUAGAUCUCUAUAAAUAGGCUUGUAUACCUUUUAUAGAAAUCAUGGCCAUUUCUAGUCUUUUUUAGGCCUAAGUCUUUCCUUUUGCUUUCUAAGAACUCCAUUAAUGUUAUUAAGCUUUUCAAGUCAUUUCCUUCGAGAACACUUUAAGACCACUUCGGCAGAGAGAGAUAUGGUUGCCUUUGGGAAAAAGUUGAAGGAAAGACAAAUUCAAGAAUGGGGAGGAUAUUACAUCAACUACAAACUAUUGAAGAAGAAAGUAAAACAAUAUGCUCAUGAAAUUGAAAUCGGAUCGUUAGAUCGCCGGCGUGUUGUCAAGGAUUUUUCAAGAAUGCUGGAUAUUCAGAUUGAAAUGAUCGUCCUUUUUCUCUUGGAACAACAAGGUUUGCUCGCAAGCAGGGUAGCGAAGCUAGGCAAACAACAGGAUUCUCUUCGAGAGCAACCAGAUAUAUCCGAAAUAGUAUCUGAUGAUCCAGGGGAAGCUUAUAGAGAAGUGGGGCGAGAUGUUUUAAAGCUUCUGUUUUUUGUUGAGAUGAAUGCAAUUGGUAUCCGUAAGAUACUCAAGAAGUUUGACAAACGAUUUGGCUAUAGAUUCACUGAUUACUAUGUCAGAACUCGUGCUAAUCAUCCUUAUUCCCAGCUGCAACAAGUUUUCAAGCAUGUGGUAAUCAUUCUCGAUCGAUCGUUCACUCUCUAUUUGCCCAUUUCUUGUUGUUUAUUUUGAUAGUAAUAUAAUGGUCUCUUUUUUUCUUUUUUUUUUUAUAGGUGUUAAAUAGAUAACAUUACCGAACUAAUAUAUGCACCAAUUUUCAAACACAAACAUUGUUCACAUUGUGGGUAAUGUUAUUUGAAAGGAAGAUACUCUCAAAAGCAUUCAGAUAUAAUAACACUAGCUACAUGGUCUCUUGGCGUUGGAUUGAUAUAUGUUUUAGCCCUUAAUAGAGCAUAGUUUGAAAAUAGAUUUGCGUAGGAAGCGUCGUGUUGUUGACGUUGUAUCUUUGGCAAAACACAAGAUGGAACUGGUCUCUAAUAUUGGUUUGUCUCAGCGUGCAAGUAGUUUACUAUGACACUGUGAUCUCACAAUAUCACACUGAGGUCUUUUUAACAGGGGUUAGGGGCUGUUGUGGGGGCGAUAUCUCGCAAUCUUGCAGAUCUUCAGGACCGUCGAGGGAGCUCCUUAUCCAUUUACGACGAGCCGGCUCUACCUCUACAGGUGUUCCCUUAAAUCUAGCCACUGCGAUUUAGUCGUUGUUUUCAUUGUCAUUAUAUUCGUCAGGUAGCUAGUGUAACAUGCAUCUUAUACCGAGUUCGAUCGAUCACCUGAUCAGUAUUUGAAGAUUUCUUACUACUGGCUUUCAUCUGCAGGAUUCUGUUAUUGUUUCCAUAAAAGCAGCCGUGGACAGAUUAGCCCACUCAACAAACUUCCUUGAUUUUUUGGCUAGACAUCGGUGGGGAGUUAGCAGGGAAUGAAUUAGUGGGUUAAUAACAAAUUAGCAACGCAAUUUACUUUUAGUGAUUUGUCAAAGUAUAUAUUAAUCAAGGGUGCAUAUAUGCAUCAGAGGCUUCUUUUAAAGAAACACAAAUUAACUUGUUGAUUAAUCA